GUUCUAUUUGAACUUUUAUAUUUAAAAGAUUUAGUUUUUAAUGGACAGAUUGUGAAAUGAAGGAAAAGAUUAAAUCGUGUUGGUUCAUAUGUCUAUUUUUGGUUCCAAAGUUUUAUAUUGUUGUUGCUGAAGAUAAAUAUUGCGAAGCGAUCGAGAAAUUGCAAUACGGAGAUAUCGUAACAUCUAAGCAACCUCCAUAUACAGUUGGAACAAUACUCACAUACAAAUGCGACAGAGGUUAUAGAAUUCAAGGCAAACAUAUUGUUACAUGCUUGGAAGAUAGAAAAUGGUCGGAUCCCGCGCCAUAUUGCAUAGCGCUGUCAUGCAAGCGAGAUUUAUCUAUGAUCGAGGCAGAAAGAAAAUGCCGAAAACCAUGCCAAAAGGAUGCUGAUUGUAAAGGAGGAAACAAGAGAUGCGUCUGUGAUGACUGGUGCGGAAAGUCAUGCUUUAAUCCAAGUGCCCCGUGCCCGGCUCUACUACACCCUGAAAAUGGUUACAUAAUUGGGAAGGAAUUUUCAUAUGGAAAAACAGUAACAUACGGUUGUGACCAAGGAUUUGUUCUUACUGGACCUACAACAAGAAAAUGCCGUUCCAACCGAAAAUGGUCUGGACACGUACCCAAAUGCAUAGCGCUGAGUACCUGUGGACAAACUGAGCAAAAAGAAAAAAGCAUGCUAUACGGAAAAGUGAUAUUAGGCACAGAAGUACAAAUCGGCGCGUGGCCCUGGCAAAUUUUAUUAUUUACCAAUAAAAAACAUCAUACUACCCAGAUUUAUGACCCCAAUUCGGGAUUUGGAGGUGGAUCAAUAAUAAACAACAAAUGGAUACUGUCCGCAGCUCAUGUCUUUUAUGAAAGAUUUCCAAUGGGAUUUUUUAAAAAAGAUUGGAAGAAAAGAUUCUUGAUUGCAGUUGGUAUGACUAAACAUCCAAUGCCGGGUGAAGUUAUACCAGAUCGGAUAAACAUCUUUGAACCCCAACAUCUACAUGCUCAUGCUAAAUUUGAUGGAAGCUCAUAUGAUUACGAUAUUGCUUUGAUUCGAAUUGGAAAUCGUCUUAAAGUUGUUGGAAAUAAAUUUGUUGUAGAUUCACAGGCAAGUUCUGGAUCCUUAACAUUUACUCGGUAUAUUCGUCCUGUCUGUCUUCCCUGCAUGAAAGGACACCCGUUUUCUCCAGUUAAUAUUCUGGAAAGAUAUGAUACAAAUCUCUGCAGUCGAAACAUACGAGGAAACAAUCCAAACAUUCCGGUGAGAGCUGGUGAUGAAACAAUGGUAACUGGUUUUGGAUGGAAACGAAGUUCUGGAUUUGUACAUUGGGAUAAACCAAAAGUGAUGCAGGAAGGACGGUUAAAAGUACAGAAAGACGAAAAAUGCAUCAACAGUGUGAAAUUAAUGCAAAAAGAAGACAAAAGCGCAAGAUACACAGAUCGCAUGAUUUGCGCAAAAAGUGCUGAUAAAUCUAAAAAUAUUGAUGCCUGCGAAGGAGACAGUGGAGGACCACUUGUGAAACGGUUUGGAAUUCAGCAUUCAAGAUAUUGGAUGCAAGUUGGGAUAGUUAGUUGGGGAUGGGGAUGCGGUAAUGAACAUCCUGGAUUCUAUACUUCUCUCUCGUCGGUUAUGGAUUGGGUUUGGUCCGUCCUAAAUAAAACAAAAACAGAUAGUUGUUCAAAACCUUCUGCCUACGAACAUUCAAGCUCAAUUGCAAGGAAAGAAGUUUAUCGAGUGGGUGAAGUAAUUACGUUUUCCUGUAAUCAAGGCUAUGCCAUGUCGGGCAACCCAGAUAUAACUUGCCAGUCAGACUUAACAUGGUCAUUACCUCAAUUUUUGUGUACUGUUAUUAAUUGUGGACAACCGCAUAUACCAAGAAAUGGAUAUAUAAAAGGAGAAAGUUAUUUGUCAGGAGAUUGGGUCGAGUAUUAUUGUGAUCAAGGAUUUCGCUUUACCGUUUCGAAUGCAACUUAUCGACGACGUUGUAUGUCUUCCGGUGUGUGGUCAGGAGAAUCCAUCAACUGUGAGUCAGAAGUUUUGUGCUCGUUACCAAGUAUAAUAUCUGGAACAAUUAAAGGUUCAGAACCGUUCAAAGUGGGAUCGAUUGUAUUUUUUGUGUGCAACGAUGGGUACAAAAUAUCAGGAAAUUCUUUAUUAACUUGCUCUGAGAAUGGUUUGUGGAAUCCUCCUCCACCUAAAUGCACAAUUGACGUUAACUGUGACUUUGAUAAAUCCGACAGGAAACUCUGUGCAUACACAAACGAAGGUGAUGUUGAAUGGAAAAGAGAUUUUGAAUCAGAUUCAAGAUUGGGUCUACCUAGUUAUAUCAUGACGUUUCCACCCCAGUCAAGUUCUUCAAAGAAUGCAAUAUUACGUUCUCCAAUCAUUCCCAGCAAAGUAACGCAUUGUCUUCAAUUUUACUAUAUGGUACAAAAUCAAUUAAAAUCCAAUAACGACGUUUACGUUGGAUUGAAUGGUGAAAGUGUCGGAGGAAUUGCACCUGAAAAAGUUAUUGUUCCGACAAAUCGUUGGGUCGGUUUUCAAAAAUCCCUAACACCUAAGGGAGAAAAUAGGAUUGUUUUUGAAAUAGUUGCGAAGGGAAGUAUAGGAUUCAGUAUGGAUGAUAUAGAACUCGUCAAAGAAGAAUGUGUCAGUCCAUGUGAAAACGAAAAUCCUUGCAUGAAUGAUGGGCAGUGCAUCGAUGAAAUUAAGGAAUCUUAUUGCUCAUGCACACAAUUUUAUAAAGGACCAAGAUGCGAGAAAGAAAUAGUUUGUUCAAAACCGUGGUCUUUUCCGCAUGGAACUAUCAAAGCUCCUGCCAAAAUUCGAUAUGGCACAACAAUAUCAUAUUUAUGUAAUGCUGGUUACAGAUCACGCGGUAAUACCCAAGCGACAUGUACUGAAAAGGGACUUUCAUCGUCACCACCUGAAUGUAUAAAAAUUCCUCAGUGGACGAAAAAUUGUCCAGAUGGUUACAAAGAACUGGUCGACUCUUGCUAUCGUCAAUAUUCUGGACCGAAAAAUUAUGAAAAAGCAAAAAAAAUAUGCGAAAAUGAUGGAGGCCAUUUGGCAAACGUACAGAGCAAGCGAGUGAAUGAAUUUUUAUGGGAAAAUACGUGGGGAAGCAGCGCACACUACUGGAUUGGCCUUCGCAAUGUCGAUUCUAAUAUGCUCUGGUCAAAUGGAGAGAAGUUUGAAAGAGGACACGGAAUUGAUUUCGACCUCAGCGGAGCUACAAGUAACAAUUGCGGAAAAUAUUAUUACCGUUACCAGGCUUGGGUAACAAAGGCUUGGCAAAUUCGCUUUGAUGACUGCAGCGAAAAGACGAGAUUUAUUUGUGAAAAAUGGAAAGAUAAUGUAAACAAUUAUGUUGUUGAAACAUCAAAGGAUAAUUAUUUACCGAAAAUUGAAGGGGUAUAUAAACCUGUGUCCGGACUUCUAACAUUUGAAGAAAAACGCCAGAUAUACAGAAAAGAAAAUGAUUUCGAUAUGUAUCUGUUCUAUGAAUAUCAUUCAGGGCUCAACAAGCGAAAUUGGUUCAUUGGCGGGUAUAGUAUUCCACUGGGUAAACCGUCACACCAAUACGAAGUACGUACAUAUUCAAACGUGAUAGAACCGGAUGGGAUAAAAACUCAAUGGAAAGAUUCUUAUGGACGCUCAAUUGAUAUCACGAUAGAGAAACAUGAUAUGUGGCAAGAAUGGUCAGAGUGGGAAUGCGAUGUAAUAUGUGGACCUGGAAAGAAAGUUCGUACUCGUAGUUGUAAGAAUGGGGCAGCAGGGUCAAGAGACUGCAAAGGAGAAACCUGGCAGGAAGAUGUUUGUAAUUCAGAUUGUGGAACUUCACAAGUUCAUAACAAAAAAGACUUGGAAUUGGAUCAUAACGGAAUAAUGUAUCUAUUCAAAACGGAUAAAGUUUCCUGGGAUGUAGCAAAAAUGAACUGCGCCAAUGUUGGAAGCAUUCUAGCCAAAUCAACGGGUCGCGACGUACAGCGAAAGCUGGGAGAGAAGAUUCUUCAAAUCUUGAAUGUGGAUGGAAUUGCGACCAAUUAUUGGAUUAAUGGGAUUUACGACACUAAUACAUGGAGAUUUCAAGAUGGGACUGUAAUUCCAAGAGAUCAAAGAUUAUGGAACAAACAUGAGCCAAAUAGGGAUGGAACCGGUAGGGAUUGCGUUGAAAUAUCCCCAACUGGUUGGAACGAUAAAGGAUGUGCAAUUAGAAGAAGGUACAUAUGUCAAAAAGAAUCAAUGAAAAAAGGACCAUGCUAUCCUGAUCCGUGUAAUGAUCGAGGAAAUUGUCGUGUCGGCAUUGAUGGGGAUUUCAUAUGUCAUUGCAGACCGCCUUUUAGUGGAAAAUCUUGUGAAAGAGGAGAUGAAUUUUCAAUAGAAUAACUUCCAAGCCGUCAAUGAUAGACAGACGGGAAACUGAGAUGGGAGCCUACAUACGAAUCUGUAACAUGUUCAUGAAUUUUUUUGUUUGGGUUCUUCAUAAACAAAUCAUCAUAUUCAUUAUUAUCCAUCAUAUUUCUUCUUAUUCUUGAAGAGUGUUAAGCUGACUCAGACAAAUAUGCGUCAAGGUUUUCGAUCAAAUGAAUAGAGAGAAAAUACUUGAACGCCUCACGUUAAAGUUUCAAGCCCCAGAUCGGUCAUCUUCAUUGAUCCUCAUUAGAAAAAGCGAAACUUUGGUAGUUUUUUCAACAGAUUCUUCUGUUUUUAUAACCGUUGACAACUUCAUUCAGUAGGUCGCAGUGUGAAAAAUACGAUGCCGAAAAUAAAUUCUUAAAUAUAUUUUUUAUUUGAGAAUAAUUGCACUAUUCCAAUUGUGCUCGUGAAACCCUCAAGGGUGGUGGCUCUUCAAUGACCCACAGAUUACGGACUGGGGCUCAUGGGCCAUGGCUCUUGGUCACGACCCAGUUAUUUCUUUACUUAUAUUACCAGCGCUUAGAAUGAAACUAAUAUAUUACGAUUAUUGGAUAUAAUUAGCUCAUGUCUCUUUAUCUUAA